UGAAAAAUCAGAACCACCAAUUUUAUUUGCACCCUGAUUUCAUUUUAAAAAAAAUAUUGCUUCAUAAACUAAAACCAAAAUUGUUUAAAUAGCCUUUGUAAAGUAAGUGUGUGUGUGUGUGUGUGUGUGUGUGUGUGUGUACACUGUUUGUGUGCGUGCAGGGGUGUAUGAAUGCAGUGUGUGUCUGUGUGUCUGUGUGUAGGUUGGUGUGUAUGUACUGUUUGUGUGUGCAGGGGUGUACGUACGUGCUAUGUUUGUGUGUAUGUACUGUCUGUGUAUGUAUGUACUCUGUGUGUGUGUGUGUGUGUGUGUGUGUGUGUACCCCGUGUUGGAAUUUGGUUAUUCCGCUUUAGAAGUCCGAGGCGAGUUCCUCUGCGCUGUUUCAGGCUGCUCCUGUAAAGGAUCCCUUCUUUUCCGAGAGCAGUAACGGGAGCUUCGUCCACAAACUCCGAGUCCAGAGAGGAAGUAACUGUUCUCUCUCUCUCUCUCUCUCUCUCUCUCCAUUAACGCAAACCAGGUGGAAGAGCUCCGCCGCGCACUACACAGCAAGCGGACGAAAACAGCGUCUGAUCCCUCUUUCCUGCUGAUGGAAUAAGUUUUACAGUCGUACUGGGAGAUUUUAUACGUGUUUUUAAUCCUGGCCUUUACUUCUGCUCCCGGUUCCUCUUGGCCAGAGCUCAGGAGCGCAGUUUUGGAGCAGACGGAGGGAGAGAGGCGGUGCUGGAGUUCCGCUACUCUGCAGCUCCUUGGGGGAAAAAAGAAGAAAGAGCGCUUUUAACCUUUUUCCACAGGCUUGGCUGCAUAUUCUGUAGCGUGUCCUGCACUGCGUGAGGAUGUGGCCAGGUUUGUGAAGGCGCAUUGCCUUGGCCACCGUCACUGCGCGUGAUUUCUCUCUUUCCUUCUCCAGAAAAGUUUGAACGCAGCUUUGAAAGUUUGAUGGUUUCCUAAAUUGCGUGUGCGCGGAAUCCUGAGCGCAUCGGUGACCGUUUAGAAGGAUGCAAGAGCGACUCUAACAUCACAUCCCAUCCCAUCCAUGGUACCCUAUGUGUCUGGGCAUAGGGAUGCUGCUGCGCCGGAUCCUGGGGAUCGGGACGCUGAGGCGCACAUGGCGCACGGCCCCGCUUGUGCUCGUGGGGCUCGCUGUGUUUCUUAUCUACCACACCUCUGUGGUGAACCGGACAGGCUUCAGACCUGGACAAGAGGACCAAAAGAACAAAUCUGUGAUGAGGGACCGCACAGUGCUUCUCAAGCACCCAGAAGAGCUUGUCUCUUUACUGGAAGCGUGGCAUGAUCACAAUGAAGUACACUGGUCUGAGAGGAGCUGUGCGGGGAAGGCCAUCAUGUUGACGGGGCAGCACGUCCCCUCAGACACAGAGGUGCAGCUUUAUCACAGAGUCCUCCAGGAGCAGGGUUACCAUGUCAGCCAGGGACGCUACGCUGAGACCAGUGCCACCCUCACACACAGCAGUGGAGAUGGUCAGGAAUGGUCUCUCUUGAUAUGUCUCAAAGGAACAGAAAAAAGUUGCCUCCGAAAAAUCAACUUUGCCCAUUCUCAGCCAUACCAGAGGGUCAACAUUAUACCAGCGUUUGUUGGGGCUUUCAUGGAUAUGGGCGGAGUCUGUCGAUUUCUAACGGACAGCCGUUUCUCAGGCAUGUCAUUACCCAUAAUUCCAUCUGCCUGCACCUCCUCCAGACCAGAACUGGGAAGAACUCCUCAUCACACUGAACACAUCUGGACCCAAGCUAUCCAGUCUGGCUCCCUAGCCAAUCAGGGUCUGGUAGCCUUAGUGAAUGUAUAUGUCUUGGUCGCGUCAGCGACGCCCCUCACUGCAUUCCUGCAUCGUACAGGCUUGGUCAGGACUCAUCUGGACAAACACAGUUAUAUUACUCAGCUGCAGUCAUUCUUUGCAGAUAGGCUGGAUCCUACAGCGGCUCUCCAGGCGUCUGAACUCAUGAAGCAGGUCAUCAGUGAGGUUCUAACAGCUGCUGUUUUAACCACCGCCGACUCCAGCUCUCCACCGAGGUGUUCACUGUGUUUUCAAUUGAUGACUUUCACAUUGCAUUACAAUGCCUCUGUGCGUCCUGUAGCGGUUAAGGUGCAGACUGACUUGCACUUUGACGGUAUAAAAGAUCCAGACUUUGACGGGCAGAUCACCAAAGAGUACAUAUUAGAAGACAUGCUGAAGCUCCUCUUCCCAGCAUGCAGCAGUGAGGACAGAUCUCCUCAAAGUAUUCAGGAUACAGCGGAAAUCAAGUACAGUGGCUGUGAGCAGACAAACAGUUUGUGCUUAACGCCGCAUAAAAUGCAGUUCCUGCUUCAGUUUCAUCAGCAGCUCAAGAGAUCUGGCAGCUUUCAUCUGCUCUACCCUAGAUCAUCUCCUUUCUCCAAUCUCCGGCAUGAUGUCUUUCAAAGAUUCCCUACUGCAGAGGAUUCUGGGAGGGCACCAGGUCUCUCAGCCCUACUCCAACAACUCAGCUCAUCCUACACACAGAGCAGUGAUGAUCCAGACAGGCCUGAGAAGUGGGAUUCACAGCCACCAGAAUCAGGGAGGUGUGUGCAGCCCCAUCUCCGUCAGCUAUAUACCGAUCCUCCUCUGGUUCUAACUCCGCUCUUUAACCCCUGGGUGAAGGAGUACCGAGCUGAGGUACCGUUUGACGUGGUUACUAUCCGGAUCAGGCCGGAGCCUGUGAGCGCAAAGUGCCACGUUCACCUGGACGAACAUUGCGGCCCCAGAACGGCGAACUACCCGCUCGGCCUGGGCAACAGCCGCAUCAGCAUUCUGCUGAUGGACGAGUCAGGGGAGGAGCCUGUCGUCAUGACGAUAUACACUCUGCACAUAUUCCGGGAGAGCCGGCCCAGCCUGCCGAUGUUUGACGAGUAUGUGAUGUGCGGCUUCAUACAGGACUGUGGCCUGGUGGUCAGACCUGAUCAACCCUGUGGCCUGGAGCCUGUUUCUGAGCUUAAAUCGUCUCAGCCUUGCUCUUCAGGAGAUGAACCUGGGCACUGGGUGGUGCCAUGCCUAAGCUGCUCAGACAACAGGACCUGUGAUUGGCGGGAGGUUGCCUGGCAACCGGACAGCUGUUACUACCCUGUAUUGGAGCAGCCACAGCUGCAGCGGUGCAUGAUGGACAAGAAGGUCCUGUUCAUUGGUGACUCUACUAACCGGGGGAUGAUGUACUACCUGAUGGAGCGAGUAAACACUACACUGGAGGAUUGGGACAAGGCUCACGACACCAUCAUCUACCACAAUCUGAACCAGGGCAGAACGCUCAUCAGCUACUCCUACUACCCCCAGUUCUGGCUACACAAGAACCAGAGACCCACCUUCCAGCAAGCACUGGAACAGCUCAUAGAAAGGUCACGACCUCUGGAAAACUCCCCUCAGACAGUGCUGGUUGCUGGAGGGGUCCAGUGGCUCAGUCUGGAGCAUCUGAGGACCAUGCAGCAGGUCCUUGAGAGAGAGAAGCUGCAGAACAUCAUGGUGGUGGUGAAGUCUUUAGGAAUGGGGUUUCAUCUGCCAGUGGACGGCAUUCACUCGCUCUCUCUGAAUGGAGUGCAGGACCUCUUCGGCGUGAACAAGAACAUUCUGGAAAGUGCAAAGCGCCUCAGGUACGAGGUGAUCGACACGUUCAGCAUCACCAUGGGCCGCUAUAAGGAGUUUCUUCAGGGCCGCUGUGCCUGCCAUUUCCACGAGGUUGGUAAGCCGUCGCUUCCCACAGUGCCUGCCCACAAAAGGCUGCAGAUAGUGAGCCAUGCUGGAGAGAGUGUGAGUGUGACUAGCACGAGGCCAGAGCCGUCGUCUCGACCCAGCUCAUCCUACCAUGUGAAGGGAGCAGUGAACCAAGUGUACUCCGAGAUCCUGCUCAGCCGAGUGUGCAUGCCUUAUAUCCACAACGGGACCAGUAGCCAGCGCUGACAGAGACUUACUGAGCUGUUAGCUGGUGUGAAUAAAGUGUGUGUGUGUUGGGAGCAUGUUGUCCGUCCAUCCAUAGGAUGUAUAUAAUUGUAUGAAAUGAAGCCAUGCAGUGCUCUGCAGAAAAAAGUGUUUUUGUGUGUGUAUGUGUGUGCGUGUGUGUGUGUUAAGUCUUCCAAAACGACUUCAGCAGCUGCACCUUAGUUCGAAAGUGUGACACUGGUGGAAGCCGACUGUGAAACCUUUCCACAAUGUCCAUGUAACGUUCCCAGGAUGUUUCUGGAAAGGUUUCAUGGUUUCCAGGAGUGCCUUUGAUGUCGCACGGCGUCGGAUUGUCACUUUUAUGGAAGCUCGGGUGACUCUGUGAAGUGUCGCGUUUAACCCCUAGCCUCAAACCUUCCAAUCCCUCACAAGUGCUGAGCUGCGUUUAUGCCAAAGGUCUUAUGAAGAUUAUGUAUACCUCAUAUUUCUAUAGCCCAUAUAUUUUUCUACAGAUGUCUUUUAUUUCCAUGCCUUUAAUGGCCAAUGUAAUAUAAUCAGUGUAAAAUAUUUUGCACAUGCUGUUUAUAUAUAUAUAUAUA